AUGGCCCCAACAGUUAUCCAUUCCGUCGUCUUGUUUGACGGCAAUACAACUCACCUGAACGCAACUGUUGUCUUCAAUUCGGACAGCGGCACCAUCACAUCUGUCUCGAGCGGUUCUAGCAGCGAUCAAUAUCCUCAGGGCGCAACGGUCAUUGAUGGGACAGGCCACAGUCUUAUUCCAGGGCUGAUUGAUACUCACAUACAUUGCACCAAUGUGCAUCUGCCUCCAGGAGCAGACGACUCGAUGAUCUUGCGAUCUCCUCUGAAAUGUGGCGUCACGACCGUCUGCGACAUGCAUUCUGACCUGUCAUUGGUACAAAGAUGGCGCACGGCCAUUGCUGAGGAGCUUGCACAAGCCAAGCGAGCUGGCGGGACAGUCGCUUUAUCCGACCUCAAGAGCUCGCUCUAUGGAGCCACGAUUGAGGGAGGGUGGCCUAAACCGAUCGUCCUGUCGGGCCAUCCCACGGAAGAGGUGAUUGAAAUGGUCAAGAAAUGGCCCAAUUUGACACCAGAGACCGCGGCUGAUUAUGUCAAGAAUCACAAGGCGAACGGGGCAGACUAUAUCAAGCUAAUGCAGGAGAAUUGCUGUUCGCUCGCCCUCCCCACGAACUCGAUACCGGUUGCUACCCUUGAGCUCCAGACUGCGGUUGUCAAGGCUGCCCACGAGAAUGGUCUUCCUUGUGUUGGUCAUGCAUUGAGCGCUGACAUGACCGAGAUUGUUCUCAAGGCCGGGGCGGACGGACUUACGCACACCUUCGUCGAUCAACCAUUGCCGGAGAACAUCAGGGCGCUAUACAAGGAGACGAACGCUUUUGUCAUCCCGACAUUCGUUGUAUUGGCUAGCUUGACAAACGAACUGCAGGACGUGCGGGAGAGGUUUGCUGAUCUCGCAUUCAAAAAGGGUGUCAUCGACGAGGUGACCAAGCAGAACAUGAUUGAAGUGCUCGGGAUGAAGGCCCCAACUGCCAAGCUGGAAUAUGCAUACGACACGGUGGCCAAGCUGAAGAAAGAAGGCAUUGAUGUCGUUGCUGGGACAGAUGCCGUAGCGGGCCUCAAGGGCACUGGAAUCGGACCCAGCCUGUGGAUGGAGCUAGAGUUGUACACUCAAAAAUGCGGCUUUAGCAGCACGGAAGCUUUGACUUCUGCAACGGCAGCGGCUGCGAAGAGGUUUGGUUUUGCUGACCGUGGAGAGGUAACAGAGGGCAAGCGAGCUGAUCUUGUUCUGGUCAAAGGAAAUGUGACCGAGAAGCUGCAGAAUCUGUGGGAAGGUGAGGGCAUCGUCGGAGUGUGGAAGGAGGGUUUGAAGGCUGCUUAG